AUGGCGAGCAUCGAUCGCUACAGACCUCCUAGGGAAGGGUAUCAACCUCCAGCAAUUCCCGUCAACAACCGACCUGAGCGCGAUUCACGGUCAAGAUCCCCACGACGACGUGAUGCUGUCCCUCCCGCUGUGCCAACCCCUCCACAACAUUCAACGCGGACUUCUCCCCCUCGCCCCCAGGCGCGCCAAACCCAAUCGCCAGCGCGGUCCGGCGCACAAACUCCAGUGGCCGGUCCCAAUCAAUGGUCGUUCACGUCGAAUGAGGUGCGGAGCACUCCUAGUAUCGUCGAAGGCAUUACGCCGGCCGAUGAGCGAAUGCGCAGAGCGAAGGGUGUCAAUUUCAUAUACCAGGCUGGCGUCAUGCUAGAUCUUCCUCAGAUUACGCUAUGGGUAGCCGGGGUGUUUUUCCAUCGCUUUUACAUGCGCUGCCACAUGCUACAAGAAAAGGGUGGAAUUCAUCAUUAUAACAUAGCGGCAACAGCCCUUUUCUUAGCCAACAAAGUGGAAGAAAACUGUCGAAAGACGAAAGACAUCAUCAUUGCGGUGGCCAAGGUGGCCCAAAAGAAUGCCAAACUUAUUAUUGAUGAGCAAAGCAAAGAGUACUGGCGAUGGCGAGACAGCAUCCUCACGUAUGAGGAGGUCAUGCUGGAACAACUCACAUUCGACCUGAUGGUCGACAACCCUUAUCGGCACUUGUUCGAGCUACUUGGAAAGCUCGAAAUAGUACACAACAAGCACUUGCGACAAGCUGCCUGGGCAUUCUGCAACGACGCUUGCCUCACAUCCAUCCCUCUUCUGAUAGAGGCACGAGAUGUUGCCAUCAGUGCCAUCUUCUUUGCGAGCGUUCACACAAACCAACAGAUCGAAGAUAUUGGUGGCGAGCCAUGGUGGAGGCAUCUGAAGGGCGAUGAGGCCCUUUGUUCUCAUGCUAUUGAGGUGAUGCGCCAGUUCUACACGGAGAAUCCGCUUAGAAAGCAGAACCCGUCGCUGCCGUCACCUGCAUUCCAUCUUGAGAACACUAGAAGAAGAGGCGACACCUUGCUGAGCCAGCCAGAUACAUUAUCAUCCACUACCGGUACCCCACUGGAAGCCGAUCGUGCGAGUCGAAGCCCUGGCGUGAGCUCGAGAGUGAACGGUGCCAGCAAGGAUAGCGAGGGACGACUUCUGGGGUCUCAAUCCAAACCCGAUGAGAAUGAAGUCGCAUCCAAGUCACCACUUAAGCGAAGGGAACCAGAGGAUGGUGAUACGAAGAGCGAUAGGGCAGAGAAACGGGCUAAGCUCUCGGAGGAUGAGGAGGGCGAGCUGGUUGAGGACUGA